CCUUUUGCACACCUUGGGAACACCUUUCGGCUGCCCGCUGCCCAGACGCACCUGCAACCCUGCCCUGCCGGCUCUGCUCACCCACCGCCUGUAAAUGCCGCAGACAUGAGCCAGCCCAGGCCCCGCUACGCGGUGGACAGAGCCGCGUAUUCUCUCACCCUCCUCGACGAUGAGUUUGAGAAGAAGGACCGGACGUACCCAGUGGGAGAGAAGCUUCGCAACGCCUUCAGAUGUUCCCCAGCCAAGUUCAAAUCCCUGCUCUUUGGGCUGCUGCCCGUGCUCUCCUGGAUUCCCAAGUACAAGAUCAAAGACUACCUUGUCCCUGACGUGCUUGGUGGACUCAGCGGAGGCUGCAUCCAGGUCCCACAAGGCAUGGCAUUCGCUCUGCUGGCCAACCUUCCGCCCGUCAACGGCCUCUACUCCUCCUUCUUUCCCCUCCUGCCCUACUUCUUCCUCGGGGGCAUACACCAGAUGGUACCAGGAACCUUUGCCGUCAUCAGCAUCCUGGUGGGCAAUGUCUGUCUGCAGCUGGCCCCAGAGUCCAAAUUCCAGGUUUUCAACAACGCCACCAAUGAGACCUACGUGGACACAGCAGCCAUGGAGGCCGCGAGGCUGCGCGUGUCAGCCACACUCGCGUGCCUGACCGCUGUCAUCCAGAUGGGCCUGGGCUUCAUGCAGUUUGGCUUCGUGGCCAUUUACCUCUCCGAGUCCUUCAUCCGGGGCUUCAUGACGGCUGCCGGCCUGCAGAUUCUGAUCUCAGUGCUCAAGUACAUCUUCGGACUGACCAUCACCUCCUACUCGGGCCCAGGGUCCAUUGUCUUUACCUUCAUUGACAUUUGCAAAAAGCUGCCCGACACCAACAUCGCCUCCCUCAUCUUUGCGCUCGUCAGCGGUGUGGUGCUGACGGUGGUGAAGGAGCUCAACGCGCGUUACAUGCACAAGAUCCACUUCCCCAUCCCCACGGAAGUGGUCGUGGUGGUGAUAGCGACAGCUAUCUCUGGAAGCUUUAAGAUGCCCCAGAAAUACAACAUGCAAAUCGUGGGAGAGAUCCAACUAGGGUUCCCCGCUCCAGUGUUGCCUGUGGUUUCCCAGUGGAAAGAAAUGUUUGGCACAGCCUUCUCCCUGGCUAUUGUGAGCUAUGUCAUCAACCUGGCCAUGGGCCGGACCCUGGCCAACAAGCACGGCUACAACAUAGAUCCGAACCAGGAGAUCAUUGCCCUGGGUUGCAGCAACUUCUUCGGCUCCUUCUUUAAAAUCCACGUUAUCUGCUGCGCUCUCUCGGUCACCCUGUCCGUGGACGCAGCUGGAGGGCGUUCCCAGAUCGCAAGCCUGUGCGUGUCUCUGGUUGUGAUGGUCACCAUGCUGGUCCUGGGGUCCUACCUGUACUCCCUCCCUAAGUCUGUGCUAGGAGCGCUGAUCUCUGUCAACCUCAAGAACUCCCUCAAGCAACUCGCCGACCCCUACUACCUGUGGAAGAAGAACAAACUGGACUGUUGUGUCUGGGUGGUCAGCUUCCUCUCCUCCUUCUUCCUGAGCCUGCCGUACGGGGUGGCCGUGGGGGUCACCUUCUCCGUCCUGGUGGUGGUCUUCCAGACCCAGUUUCGAAACGGUCAUGCUCUGGCCCAGGUUGUGGACACGGACAUUUAUGUGAAUCCCAAGGCCUAUAGCAGGGUCCAGGAAAUCGAGGGGAUUAAGAUCGUCACUUACUGCUCCCCUCUCUACUUCGCCAACUCAGAGAUCUUCAGGCAAAAGAUCAUCUCCAAGACAGGUAUGGAUCCCCAGAAAGUAUUACUGGCCAAGCAAAAACAGCUUCGGAAGCAGGAGAAGAUGAGGACGAUGCCCACACAACAGAGGGAUUCGUUGUUCAUGAAAACCAAGACCGUCUCCCUGCAGGAACUCCAGCAGGACUUCGAGACCCCCUCCCCCACGGACCCCAACAACAACCAGACGCCCGCGAAUGGCGCCAGCAUAUCGUACAUCAACUUCAGCCCCGCCACCCCCUCGGCUGCCCAGGGCGAGCCCCCGGCCCCUGCUGAGCCCCUCAGUGAGCCUGACGCCACGCUGGCCAGCGUCCCGCCCUUCAUCACUUUCCACACCCUCAUCCUCGACCUGAGUGGGGUCAGCUUCGUGGACUUGAUGGGCAUCAAAGCCUUGGCCAAGCUGAGCUCCACGUACGAGAAGAUCGGAGUGAGGGUCUUCUUGGUGAACAUCCACGCCCAGGUGUACAAUGACCUCAGCCACGGAGGCGUCUUCGACGACGGGUGUCUGAAGCGCCACCACAUCUUCCCCAGCACACACGAUGCCGUCCUCUUUGCCCAAGCAGAUGCCCGAGAGGCGGCCCCAGGACACAGCUUCCCAGGGGUUCCCGAGGACAAUGAACACUCCUUGUGCAACUCAGAGGAGGAGAGCCCCAGCUACUGGGACCUAGAGCAGGAAAUGUUCGGGAGCAUGUUUCACACGGAGACCUUGACUGCCCUGUGAGGGCCCAGUCGUGCCCACGCCGCCUGCGGAGCGCCUGGCACCGGGGACUGCCGUGCUGGACAAGCCUGGAUCACACAGAGGGACUGGGACAGGAGAGCGUGCCCAUGGGACCUGGCUCCUGUCUCCCCCUCCUCCUCCUCUCUCCUUCCCCUGCCUCCGCCCUGCAGCUCUAGAGGGAGCCAUUGCAGCGGGAACCUGCCCUGAGAGGUGGGAACUCACUCUUCGCCCCUCCAGACCCUCACUUGGGCCCUGGCCAACCCUGAGCAGGCCUUAGGCUUCCUCGACCCCUCCCACCAUGCCCUCCCUUCCCGUGGCAGCUGAGAGAACCUGGACUUCGGGAUUGCACGAAGGAGCCAAGAACAGAAGGCCGAUUCCGCUGCGCUCACCUGCUGCACAAGCUCCAUAAAGGGUGCUCGGCUUGUAGGGCUGGGUAUCAGAUGGUGUGAGGCCAUCACAGGACUCAGGAUAGCCUUGGUGGGGACCCUGUGACCUGCCCUCCAGCUGCCUCAACUCUGUCCCUGGUCACUCUGCACCCCUGGGACCGUGUGCUCCUCACAACCCAGGAGGCUGCAUCUUGGGGUUAAUGCCCCUUUUUCCUCUUCCAAAGGCUACUAAGACCUGCACUGCUGUUGAGCUCAUAGGACUCCAGCCUGGGCAGCGGCCAUGGCCCUCCAGCCCAUCAGAGCUACCUCCCCCGGGGCAGCCCACCAAGGGGCCACCUCAGCCUUCUGAAACUUCACACACACACACACACACACACACACACACACACACACUCAGGGGCAGCUCCCGUCCAUUAAGGCUGGGUAGGAACCUGAAAAGGGCAAAGGCGGCUGGCAGAACCUUCUGGCAAUCUAGUGGCAGGUACCAGUUGUUCUGCACAGCAACUUGAGGGGUGCUAGUGCCAACCCAGGGCAAACUGGUAGGUCCAGGGCCUGACAGUUCCCCUGAUCUCAGCGCCCAUCAGAGGAAUGCCUCCCUCAGCAGAAGGGCCAAAAGCCAGCAUUUUAACUCUCCCUUAUAGGCUCACCAACUGGAGCCAUGAUGAGGUCCUUCUAGCAGGUGAGAGAGGCCACCCCUCCACACCCCAGGACCAGCCGGUUUAUCCAGAUGAGCUCUCGCUCCACCUUAACCACCCUAGGGCCUGGGUCUUCUUCUCGGAAAGAAUGAACACAGGAGUUAAGUCCUCCAUGUCUACAGGGACGUCACUAGUCAACCUCACUGCUGACUUGAAAAUAAAUAGGUUCCACGUGCACGUGUUUUGUAAAAAUUCCCAGGGAAGUGCACAGAAAAUCCGGCCUCUCCUCCCUGUUCCUCUAAAUCUCCUUCCACGGAAUGGCCCCUGCCGCAACAGGUUGGCUGGCCCAGCCUGGGAACACAUCCCAACCCCGAAUGUUGGCCUGGCCUGCGUUAUGUGCCUGUGUGUUGAGUGAGCCGCUCAGCUACUGAGUCUUCUGAGGGUUAAGGGACCGGGUGCGGGCAAGGAGCCAGCACAUUCUUGGCCCGUGAGCCUUGCUCCUCUGUGAAUUCAUUACGCCAUGUGGCUGCCAAUGGAACUCAAAACUUGGAAGGCAGAAGACAAUGUUAUCUGGGAUUCACCGUGCCCAGCACUUGAAGUGCCGAAUUCCAGGAGGACCAGAACCUUAGCCAAUGACAACUCACCCUCCCCUGCUCCACCUCCUCCAAAGUCCAGCUCAGGCCCAGCAGGCAGGGGAAGGUCACAGAGCCUCAGCACAGCCCAAGUCACGGUGCCCCUUUGAAGCAAGUGUCCAGGUCCCUUGAGGACUUCGUGGGGUGACCCCAGAACUGAAAGGGAUUGCUGACUCGCAGUGGCCUGGCACUGGGGCUCAAGGAGGAAUCUGCAACCUGUCCAGGGCCCAAGGACACGGAGUCUCUAGUGGUGGUGUGAUUGCAAAGUCACGGAGCAGAGGGAAGACACUGAAGAAAGCUUCACUGCUGGAAUAUUCUGGAAAGAACACAAAUGUCGCCCAGAUCGCUCCUGUGGACAUGACUGGGGCAGGGAGGGAGUUGGCACAGUGGUGGAAUUAUCCAGAAUUUCAAUACUUUUGAAUGUGCUUAGUAGCACUGACCUGUGAUGAUAUGAUUUCUGGGGAAGCUUCUCUACUGCUAUUUGUAUAAUUUAUUUAAUUUAAAUGCCAUUCUCCUUUUGUUCACUUUGGUAAUAAAGUGGUUUUGCAACAUGAAGAAA